CUCAAACAAUCAGUGAAUGCUUUGUUUUGAAUCUACCUACUUAGUCUCUUGAGUGAUCUAGACUCUAGAGAGACAGACAAAAACAGAGGUGGUUGGAUAGUUAGGUAGUUAGGUGGAAAAUGACAUAACAAGUGAUGGUUAUAGAGGAGAGUGGUGGUGUUAAUGGUGGUGGUGGUGGUGGGAGGAGAAGAAAGAGGGGAAUGACUGAAAAGCAAAACCAGUUGUAUCCUCAAUCACCAGCUGUUUCAUUUCUUUGCUUAUCAUCAUCAGCGUCGAUUUUAAGGAGAUCGAUGAAGUCGUGUCGCCAUUUCGGUCAGCAAAACGGAGUUAUCUCGGCAUUUCAUCGGCUGGAGAUUGGAUGGCCAACUGAUAUCUGUCACAUAACGCACGUCACGUUUGAUCGUUUCAAUGGGUUCCUAGGACUUCCGGUUGAGUUUGAGGUAGAAGUUCCCAGCAGAGUCCCCAGUGCCAGAAAACCGAUGCCUUCAUGCAGUGCUAGAGUGUUCGGGGUCUCGGCCGAAUCAAUGCAAUGCUCUUACGAUUCCAAAGGGAAUAGUGUACCUACAAUUCUCCUGCUAAUGCAAGAGAGGUUGUACUCGCAAGGAGGUCUUAAGGCAGAAGGAAUUUUUCGGAUAAACCCAGAGAACAGCCAGGAGGAACAUGUUAGGCAGCAGCUUAACAAAGGAAUUGUGCCAGAUAAUAUAGACGUGCACUGUUUGGCAGGUCUAAUAAAAGCCUGGUUUCGCGAACUUCCUGCAGGAAUACUAGACGACCUUUCUCCUGAAGAAGUUCUUGAAUGUGACACUGAGGAGAAAUGUACGGAGCUUGUUAAGCAGCUUGUACCAACAAAGUUUGCGCUGCUUAAUUGGGCCAUUGAUCUGAUGGUUGAUGUGGUUAAAGAUGAAGAAUUCAACAAAAUGAAUGCACGAAAUAUCGCAAUGGUCUUCGCCCCGAACAUGACGCAGAUGUUGGAUCCACUGACUGCUCUUAUGCAUGCUGUUCAAGUGAUGAACUUGCUCAAGAUCCUGAUAAUGAAAAACCUUAGGGAAUGUGGUGCUACUGCAACAGACGGCAACUGCAAACUGAGGAAAUCUGUUUCAGACAUUCUUGGCCAAGAAUAACUAGUGAAUGUAAAACAUGGCGAUUUGAGUAAAUGAAUCAAGGAGCUCCUAGGAGGCAAUUGAAAGAGCAAGGAGUGAAGGGUCUGUAGAGCAAGGAAAAUGCGAGUUCGCAAUAAGGAUUAAGGGAAGCAGGAGCCUACUCCAAGGAAGGAUGUGAAUGCAAAAACUGACAUAACUUUUCUUUCCCCUUUGCUGUGUAAAACUGAGGUUUGCGUGUGUUAUCCGGGAACACUUCUCCGUAAGGUUCUGGGUUUGUGUUUGAGCCAUGAUUGUAUCUGUAACUCAAAAUAAUCAGCAUGGAGUAUGGAUUUGUUUGAGAGUUACUUGCUUGGAUAAUGUUUUAGACUUGGCUCCAAUUCUGUUUGGAAUUGUAUUUUAGGCUUGUAUUUCUAAGUCAUUAGUAUACUUAGAAAAGAACCAUUUUUCUGACAUUAAUAUCAACUGCUUAAUUAAGUA